CUCCCAGUGCCCCCAGUGCCCCCAGUGCUCCCAGUGCUCCCAGUAUGGCCGAGCACGCCGAGCUGCUGGCGGAGAUGCCGGCGGUGAGCGCCAUGAGCGCGGCCGAGCGCCUGAAGCACGCCCAGAAGCGCCGCGCGCAGCAGCUCAAGGCCUGGGCGCAGCUGGAGAAGGAGGCGCGGGGACGCGGCGGCGGCGGGGCGAGGAGGAGGAGGAGGAGGAGGAAGAGCGGGGAAGGUGACGGCGGCGACGAGAAGCGGGUCCGGUUCCCCGCCAACGUCCGGCUGCUGGAGGCGGCCGCCAGGAGCGACCUGGAGGAAGGUGGGCGGCAGGAACGUCCCCCCGGGGUCACCGUGACCCCCCCACCCCCCCACCCCCCUCCCCCGGUGUCACCACAACCCCUCUGGUGUCACCAUGACCCCAGUGUCACCACCACCCCCCCGGUGUCACCACAGACCCUCUGGUGUCACCGUGACCCCUCUGGUGUCACCACGACCCCCUGGUGUCAUU